CUGCUUGGCCAUUUCUGGAGGAGACACAACUAAACAUCCUCUUCAAGACUCUGCUGAACUAACUGCAUCAGAGGGAAAUUUCAUCAUUCAGAGGUCUCUCCUCUUCAUUAGUUCCUGCAGACGCUACAAAGGUUGGUGUGGAGACAGCUUUCCAGGCUAAGAUAUCUUCCAUGAUGUUCCCAUUGCAAGGAGUCCAGAUGUUGCAGAUGCUGGAGAAAUCCUUGAGGAAGAGUCUCCCUGUAUCCUUAAAGGUUUAUGGGGCUGUCUUCCACAUGACUCACGGAAACCCAUUCAAGCUAAAGGCCCUGGUGGACAAGUGGCCUGACUUUAAUACAGUGGUUAUCCGCCCUCAGGAACAGGAGAUGACAGAUGACCUUGAUCACUACACCAAUACUUACCAAAUCUACUCUAAGGACCUCAAGAACUGUCAGGAAUUCCUUAGCUCACCAGAAGUCAUCAACUGGAAGCAGCAUUUGCAGAUCCAAAGUUCACAGUCCAGCCUUAAUGAGGUAAUACAAAAUCUUGCAGCCAUGAAAUCUUUCAAAGUCAAGCAAACACAAUGCCUUCUAUAUAUGACACCUGAGAUGGCAAAGAAACUGGCUCCUUCCCUGCUAGAUGGAAAGAAUUUAUCACCUGAUGAUGGCAAACCCACUGACAUCAACCAAGAGAUGUUUAGACUCUCAUCACUGGACGUUACCCACGCUGCCUUGGUGAAUAAAUUCUGGCAUUUUGGUGGCAACGAGAGGAGCCAGAGAUUCAUCGAGCGCUGUGUCCGGAACUUCCCUAACAAAUGCCUGCUGGGACCUGAGGGGACCCCUGUGUCCUGGUGCCUGAUGGACCAGACAGCAGAGAUACGGAUGGCAGGCACCACGCCUGAGUACCGGGCCCAGGGCCUCGUCUCGUAUGUCAUCUAUUACCAUACGCAGGCUCUUGACAAACUCGACUUCCCCAUCUAUUCGCACACAGACAAGAGUAACAUAAUUAUGCAGAAAAUGAGUCUCAGUCUGUGUCAUAUCCCUAUGCCCUGUGACUGGAACCAGUGGAACUGUAUCCCUCUGUGAAGCAGCCCUAAACACAAGACAGUGUGGGAUGGGCCUGGGCAUGUGGCUGGAGGAGCAGAUAAGUGGAGGGAGAAAAAGAAUAAACUGUAAUUAUAAUCAUCAG